CAAGUGUCAGAGAUCUAGGUGCGAUCUAGGUUUCAGAAUAUACUUCGGUUGAAACUCAACAACGUUGACUAUGGUGUACUGGCUCUCUUUACUGGCCGUGGCUUCGACAGCCCUAGCCAAGACGUCGACUACGACUUCCUUUCAGAUCUGCAACACCGAGUAUACGUCGACUUCUGCGAACUCUAUCCGAACAGUCAAUAAUCUUUCGACUGCCACAAGUGUUGCCGUCCUGACCACCACAUCAACCCCCACCGUAACAUCAACCGCUGCGGCAAAGACCAUCACCGCAGUGGUGACUGACAUAGUGUCGAAGACGACGAUUCUCGAUCAGAGCACAAGCACAUACUCAACCACUAUCUCGUCCACCAUAACCGUGACUGUUCAAGAGAUCGUCACGGAUACUGAGACUGUCACCUACGAUACUACUGUCACCGUCACACCAACAUCUACCGUCCCCGCACCAGCCGGAUUGACUCCUGCAGCUGCACUUAGCCAAUCCUCCGCCACUGGCAAAGGGAUCAAGCAGACUGCCCUUGCAAAAGCAGAAGCAUCCACACCGCAAGCCGUCACCAUUCAUGCUGCGCAGUCCAGUGCGGUGGUGGAAACCGAGCCCAGCUACGCCUAUGUUGUGACCUGCGUGGGCCUGGUCGAGAUCGUCUCCACCAGCACCGUGAACAAGCCUGCCACCAAGACGUCAACGGUCGUUGUGACGCCUGCAGCCAAAACAACCACAUCAACCACUCACGUAACCUCAACUAUCACCCUCGUCCCUGUCCCCGCAUCCACCACCAUCACCUUCACUACACAAAUCAUCGAAUCCACUGCUGUGGUAACCACCACCACAACGACCGAGACAGUGACAGAUACCGCAACCGUCCAAGCCCCCUUGCAAACCGAAUACGCCGCCUGCGGCAUCGACAAUCAGAUCAGCACCGUGAACGGCCGCAGUAUCACCGAGGUCAUCCUCACCGGAACCUACGAGACCACAUCCGCAUCGUCCCCCUACGACUGCUGCGUGUCUUGUCUCAACCAUAACAGCCCGUGCGCUGGGUACCUGUCCGCGGAGGGCGCCGGAUGCUAUCUCCUGCUGCCGAGUAGCUCUAACUCCACUUGCGAUCCCUCGAAUAGAGACACUGCGUCGGUGGAUCUAGGACAGGGUCAGGGUGGGUUCACGGUGGGGAAUUCUAUGUGUGGGUCUUUUGGGGUUAGGGAGAUUUCUUAG